AUGAAAGUGAUUUUUAUUAUUUUUUUAAACUUCACAGAGGGUUUGACAGUCCGAUUAGUCAAUGGUAACAAUCACUGUGCUGGCAGAGUAGAGGUUUUCAGUGGUGGAGUGUGGGGAACAGUAUGUGACACAGAUUGGACCAGGACUAAAGCGAAGGUGGUGUGUGAGCUGUUGGAGUGUGGAAGGUCUGCGAAGGUUCCUGAGGGUGCUGAGUUUCUUCAAGGCACUGGACCAGUGAUGGAAGCAACUGAUUCAUGUUUUACCAAUGUGACAUCUCUUGAACAGUGCUCAGUCAGAGGUUUCAGAAAUUCAACAUGUGGACAUGAAAAGGACGCUGGUGUUGUUUGUGCAGGUGAUCCAACCUUACGACUGGUCAAUGGUACUGACCGAUGUUCAGGCAGAGUGGAGGUUCUGUAUAAUGGUCUGUGGGGAACAGUGUGUGAUGAUGGCUGGGACAUCAAAGAUGUGGAUGUGGUCUGCAGAGCCAAGAACUGUGGAAGUGCCCAGAAAGCCAAGUCCAGUGCCUUCUUCGGUGAAGGUCAGGGACCCAUUUGGCUGAGUGAUGUCAACUGUUUUGGUAAUGAGUCCUCCCUUUCACACUGUAGACGCAUCUUUUUUGAACGAACUGGCUGUGGCCAUAGUGAGGAUGCUGGUGUGGUGUGUUCAGCUUCCAUCAAACUGGUCAAUGGGACAGACCGGUGUUCCGGCAGGGUGGAGGUCUACCAUGAUGACCAGUGGUUACCAGCCCUUAACUUUAACUGGGGAAUAAAUGAGGCAACAGUGGUUUGCAAAGAGAUGAAUUGUGGAGAUGCUGCACAGUUUUCAGGAUCAUCUUCUCAGGUUGAAGAACUGAGAGGAUAUAAAGUCAGUUGCACCGGUACAGAGAGCUCCCUGACACAGUGCACACUGACAGAAUAUGUCAGAACCAGCAGUGAUCAUAUGAACGAUGCAUCUGUGGUUUGUUCAGGUACUCUUAAAUUGAGUGGUGGGCCCAACCGCUGUGUUGGAAGAGUGGAGUUGUUUGAGAAUGGACGGUGGGGGACAACAUGUGGCGAUUCCUUGAACAUGAAUAAUGCAGCAGUGGUGUGUCGACAUCUGAACUGUGGGAUGAUUCAUAAAAUCACCACUACCCCUCUCUUUGGUACUGGGACAGGACAGGUCUGGACUGAGGAUUAUGUAUGUAAUGGACAGGAGUUAACAAUGUCACAGUGUGCAGUAAGACCAUCUAGAGCCAGGACUUGUAACAUGAUCUCAGUUGCUGGUGUCAUCUGCACAGAUGGUUUGACAGUCCGAUUGGUCAAUGGGAAUGAUCAGUGCUCAGGCAGAGUUGAGGUUCGUAAUGGUGAAGUGUGGGGAACAGUGUGUGACACAGACUGGACCAUGAAUAAUGCUCAAGUGGUGUGUGACCUGUUGGACUGUGGACAUGCUGUCAGUGUUCCUGGUGGUGCCCACUUUCAUCAAGGCACUGGACCAGUGAUGGAAGUAACUGAUUCAUGUUUUACUAAUACCACAUCCCUUGACAAAUGCUCAGCUAACGGUUUCAGAACUUCAACAUGUGGACAUGAGAGGGAUGCUGGUGUUAUUUGUGCAGCACAGAUUCGGUUGGUCAAUGGUGACAGUGAAUGCUCUGGUAGAGUGGAGAUCUUUCAUGAAGGUCAAUGGGGAACUGUGUGUGAUGAUGACUGGGGUCUUCCUGAUGCCAUGGUGGUAUGCAGACAGCUGGGAUGUGGUCAUGCAAUUAAUGCACAUUCUGGUUCCCACUUUGGGAGUGGCAGUGGUCCAAUAUGGCUGGAUGAUGUGAUGUGUGGAGGCGAAGAACUAUUUCUUACACAUUGUCGCCACAAUGGUUUUGGAAAAAAUAACUGUGGGCACCAUGAGGAUGCAGGUGUUACCUGUGUUGCUUCCAUCAGACUGGUCAAUGGGACAGACCGGUGUUCAGGCAGGGUGGAGGUCUACCAUGAUGACCAUUGGUUGGAGACAUGA